AUGCUCGCGCUGUGCCUGAAAGGUGAGGCGCUCUCGGUCGUUGGACGUCUCAGCCCAGAGGAGUCAGUGGAUAACGAUGCCGUUAAAAGGGCUUUGAUGAGAAGGUUCAGAUUGAACGCGGACGGCUUCCGCGAAAAGUUCCGGAACGCCAAACCUGAAGGAGGAGAGACCGGGGCCCAAUAUGCAGCGCGUCUAGCCAGUCUCUUCGACCGCUGGGUUGAGCUCUCUGAGACGGCCAAGCAGUACGACACUCUUCGAGAUCUGCUCCUAGCCGAGCAAUUCCUCAAGGGCUGCUCGCCAAAGCUGGCCCUCUUCAUCAAAGAGCGAACAACCAAAACACUGGCCGACAUGGCAGACUUGGCCGACCGAUACCUGGAGGCGCAAGGAACGCAGUCGCUUGGAAUGAAGGUGGAGGAAAAGAAGCCGACUCCCGAACCCCCACGGCCCGUCGACAAGAAAAGUACAGGACAGCGGCCACCAUUGCGUUGUUUUCUCUGUAACCGGCUUGGGCACCGUGCCGCCGAUUGCCGGGAUAAAGUCACAACUAAGGCAUCUUGUUGGAGGUGCGGACAAACGGGCCACGCGGCCAACUCCUGUCAAGAAGGAUCAAAAGGGCGUUCUCAAGCUUCCUGCUGUGUAGCUACCGAGCCCACCAAGAAGAAAGAAGUGGUCGUCCAGGACGGAUACGUGGAACUCAAGAACGGUGACCGUCUCCCUGUGGUAAACUCCACGAUAGAGGAGGAGGAAACGAAUUUGACGAAUGGAGUACCCGUGCGAACCGGUAGGGUAGGAACACGCAGUGUCACCGUCCUACGCGACACCGGCUGCAACACGGUAGUCGUUCGGAAGAAUCUCAUCUCGGAAGAGGAGCUCACGGGAACUUCCAAGGCGGUCUACCUUGCUGAUGGCACCGUUAAGAUGCUGCCGGAGGCGAGACUGCUGGUGCGGUCUCCAUUCUUCAGUGGGGAGGUGACGGCUCUCUGCAUGGAAAGUCCUCUGUAUGAUAUAAUACUAGGCAACAUUCCGGGCGUUCGAGCAGCAGCAGAUCCCGAUCCCGAAUGGGACGCUGAACCAGCAGCGGAAGAGAGCAGGCCCGAGACUGACGUACGGAUCGAAGAACCGAUUUUGACCGCGGCGGUUGCAACAAGACUCCAAAAGAAGGCGGCUGAACACAAGACCAUGGUGCCUACACCGUUGAGAGUAUCGGAAGUUCAGGAGGGAGCAGUUACACCAGACACUUUGAAGAGUGAACAACACAACGACUCGAGCCUGAGAACGUGUUUCCAAAACGUCGGAAAAACUAUGACGGGCAAGAAGCGGAAGCACUCCUGCAUGUUUGUGGUAACAAACGGAAUCCUGUUCCGGUCCUACAGAACGUCACCCGGAAGAGAAGUUCACCAAUUGGUGGUGCCUAAGAAGUACAGGACCACCGUCCUUAAAAUGGCGCACGAUGGGAUUCUGGCGGGUCACCAGGGUGCUCAGACGACAAUAAACCGAGUGCUCGAAGAAUUCUUCUGGCCUGGCGUCGGAGCAGACGUGAAACGCUUCGUGAAGUCCUGCGACCGCUGCCAACGCACGACGCCGAAAGGAAAGGUCCCCAAGAUGCCCCUGGGGAGUAUGCCGCUCAUCGAGACGCCCUUUCAACGCGUGGCCAUCGACAUCGUGGGCCCCAUUUCACCGACCACCAAGAGGGGAAACAAGUAUAUUUUAACGAUGGUCGAUUACGCGACGCGGUAUCCAGAUGCUGUGGCGUUGCCCAAUAUCUCCACCGAGCGAGUAGCCGAGGCACUCGUGGAGAUGUUCACUAGAACCGGGGUUCCCCGAGAAGUGCUCAGUGACCGCGGUUCCAACUUUACGUCGGAUGUCAUGAAAGAGGUGGGACGGCUGCUCUCCAUGAGACAACUGUUCACGACGGCCUACCACCCUAUGGGAAACGGCCUUGUAGAGAAAUUCAACGGAACGCUCAAGACCAUGCUGAAGCGGAUGUGUCAAGAAAAGAACGUACGAGGUCCCCUCUCUGUACUUAAAGAAUUGUGGACGAAUGAGGCGCUGGAGGAGGAGACCAAGACAACGUAUGAGUAUGUCUUCGAGCUACGCAACAAGCUCGAGGACACCUGUAAGAUUGCCCACGAGGAACUUGAGCGGGCCAGCGAACGCUACCGUCGUUGCUUCGAUCGGAAGGCCCGUUACAGGCACAUCGGUGUUGGCGAUUUAGUUCUAAUCUUGCUCCACACCGACCAGAACAAGUUGCUGAUGCAAUGGAAGGGACCAUACCCCGUAGUCGGGCAGAAAGGCCUCCUAGACUCCGAAGUGGACCUGGGGCAUGGCAUAAAAUUAUUCCACGGUAACAUGCUUAAAAAGUAUGAAGAACGAGCACCUGACGAGGUUCCUGCGGCUUGUACGGUUGUCGCAUUGGAGGAGUCCGAAGGAGAGGGCGGUUUCCCCAUGCUGAGAUUGCAGAGCACCGAAACUGCGAGCGAUGUCAUGUUCGCACCUGGGCUCGCAUCGGAGUGUCGAAAAGAGGCCGAGGCCUUGGUUCAAGAGUCCAGGGCCAUCUUCUCCGACGUUCCAGGACGAACCGAAUUUAUCAAGUGUCACUUGAAGUUGGAAAUGGACAAGCCGACAGACCACGAACCGCUCCAGUACAUCAAACAAACCCGGCACGCUAACGCCCGGGUAAUGCGUUGGAGUCUGAAGCUGCAAGAGUAUGAUUUUAAAGUUCAGUAUAUCAAGGGAAGUGAAAAUGUGGGGGCGGACUAUUUGAGUCGUAUGUAA